AUGGACGUAAAUAGUCGCUCCGACUAUAUUAAGAGAAAACAGUUAUGCCUUAACUGUUUUGCGCGAGGGUACCAACAGCGGGACUGUAAUAGUGCCCAUAGUUGCUUCACUUGCCACAGUCGCCAUCAUACCCUCCUGCACCACGGUAAUCCAUUCGCGACCGCUCCAAGUCCACCUGCGCCAGCCAGGCCUCGACACGCGGCCACUCCUGAGGAUCAUCCUGAUGUGCAGGUGUGUUUCGCUUCGGGCUCAAGGGCCGUUUUACUGGGCACAGCCCUCAUUGACAUUUGCCAUUUAGGGUGCAAUUUCCAGGCGCGAGCCUUAAUCGACUCGGGUUCCGAGGCGACAUUCAUCACGGAGAGGCUUUUCAACCUCGUCAAACUUCCGUUCACGACUAUCCAAGCCCAAGUCUCGGGCCUGAAUCACACCGUUGCCGCUCAGUCCACGAAGCUCUGCCAGUUUUCCAUGCGAUCGCCCUCCAGACCCGGGCUGCAGUUAGAGACUGCAGCUUACGUUCUUCCGCAGCUGGCCGGGAGUCUGCCCUCGUAUCCAGUCCCACGAGAUCUUCUUAAGGGGCUUCCUGACAUCCCCCUGGCGGAUCCCAAGUUCUUUGAGAGCUCCCAAAUCGAUGUCCUAAUAGGAGCCGACAUUCUUCCGUCUAUUCUCCUCGGCAACUCCAAGGCUAACAUUUGCGGCUCCCUUCUUGGCCAGGAGACCAUUUUUGGAUGGGUGUUGACAGGCCCAGUAUCUCCAGCGGCCCCCCGCAGUGUUACCGCCUUCGCCACACGAGUUACCUGCGCCCUCGACGACUCCCUAGACCAGCUCCUUACCAAAUUCUGGGAGGUGGAGGAAGUGUCCAAACAGAUUGUCCCAGAGUCUGAUUCUGUCUGUGAGAAGAAUUUCGUCCAAACUACACGAAGAGACAACUGUGGCAAGUACGUGGUAACGCUUCCCUUACGCGACCCCGCACACAAGGGGUCCGAGCUCGCAUCUUCGCGAUCCUUUGCUCUGGCUCAGUUCCUGCGUAACGAGCAGCGCCUAAAGAGGGAUCCUCCCCUCAAGGCCCGGUAUGAUGCUGUCAUCCAAGAAUACCUCGAAUUAGGUCACAUGGCCGAGGUUCCGUCGACGAGCAGUUCCGCCACAUACUACCUUCCUCAUCAUGCGGUUUUGAAGCCUGAAAGCACCACCACUAAGGUCCGUGUGGUUUUUAAUGCUUCGAGCCCCUCCGCAAACGGGACCAGCCUGAAUGACAUUCUAUAUGCGGGCCCGCUCUUACAAUCCGACCUCACGAUUCAAAUCCUAAAGUGGAGGUACUUUAUGUUUGUGUUCAAUGCCGACAUCGAAAAGAUGUAUCGCCAAAUUUGGGUAGAUCCCCAGCAUACUCCUUUCCAGCGCAUCCUGUUUCGCAAUUCCAAUGGGGAACUCCGCGACUACGAGCUGAAGACGGUUACCUUAGGAGUCAAUUGUGCCCCGUUCUUAGCGAUCCGUGUCCUCCAGAAGCUCGCCGACGACGAGGAGUCAAGGUAUCCUCAGGCGAGUCAGAUUAUCCGUCAUUUCAUGUACGUCGACGACGUUCUCGCCGGGGCAGACUCCAAAAUCGAAGCGAAGGUGGCUAUCCGUGAGCUCCAGGGUGCCCUGGGUUCGGCAGGGUUCCCACUGAGGAAAUGGACGUCCAAUAGUAAGGACAUUUUGGCCAACAUCCAAAGUGACCAUCUCCUGCGCGCUGAUUUCCUCGAGAUAGACGCAGAGAGCACGGCUAAGACUCUCGGCGUACGUUGGAAAGCGACGUCUGAUGAGUUCUUUUUCAUUCCGCGCGAAUUGACCGCGGGAUCAUCGUUCACGAAGCGACAGGUCCUAUCCCAGAUUGCCAAGUUAUUUGAUCCAGCGGGCUGGCUCGCCCCCUUCAUCGUCCAGGCAAAGAUGUUCAUGCAGGAAAUUUGGCUCCAAGAUCUAGCAUGGGACGAUGACCUCCCUCGAGAUUUCUGCCAGAGAUGGGUUGACUUCCUGGGACACUACUCCGCUCUCGAUCAGAUCCGCAUUCCCCGAUGGGUCGCGUUCCGACCCCAUUUCAAGGUCGAGCAUCAUGGCUUCAGCGACUUUUUCUUCUUCGUGGGAUAA